GCAGGGACCCUCAAACCCUCCGGAAAGCCCAAAGCGUUGACCCCUGGGACCCCCAUCAUGAGAGACACGUUUGCUGCUGCCAUUCCUCUGCCCGAGGUUGCCUGGGAGAGGGCAAAACCUGGAGGCAGAGCUAGCAGGCAGCUGAUAUUUUCAGCCAAUUUCCCUGCUCCCUUUUGGCCUGGUUUCUGGCUUAGGCUUGCAGAGAUGGGAGCUGCGAUGCCAUCAGGAGGCAGCCAGCUUUGAUAAAGCUGCUGGGUUUUUUCCCCCCUACUUUUCCUGCGGAACGGAAAGGCUGAGCGUGUGCCGGCAUGGCAGAAAAAGUGAACAACUUCCCUCCCCUGCCGAAGUUCAUCCCCUUGAAGCCAUGUUUCUACCAGGACUUCGAUGCGGAGAUCCCACCGCAGCACCGUACCAUGGCCAAACGGCUUUACUACCUCUGGAUGCUGAACAGCAUCACCUUGGCGGUGAAUCUCGUUGGCUGCCUCGCAUGGCUGAUUGGAGGCGGUGGAGCUGUUAAUUUUGGACUGGCAAUUCUCUGGCUCAUUCUCUUUACGCCCUGCUCCUAUGUCUGCUGGUUUAGACCUAUUUACAAAGCUUUCAAGACAGACAGUUCCUUCAGCUUCAUGGCCUUCUUCUUCACCUUCAUGGCCCAGCUGGUGAUCAGCAUUAUCCAGGCGGUGGGAAUCCCUGGCUGGGGUGUCUGUGGCUGGAUUGCAGCGAUUUCCUUCUUUGGGACCAAUGUGGGGUCAGCCGUGGUGAUGCUGAUCCCCACCGUCCUGUUCACAGGGAUGGCAGUCUUCUCCUUCAUCGCUCUCACUAUGGUGCAUAAGUUUUACCGGGGGAGUGGUGGGAGCUUCAGCAAAGCUCAGGAGGAGUGGACCACGGGGGCAUGGAAGAACCCCCACGUCCAGCAGGCAGCACAGAACGCGGCCAUGGGGGCGGCGCAGGGGGCCAUGAUGCAGCACGAGACGCAGUACUCGGCCACCCCAAACUACACCUACUCCAACGAGAUGUGAGCAGCAGGACUUUGUCCUCUGGCGAAAGAUCUGGGGGGGAAGGGAGGAGGAGGAGGAAGAAGGCUGGGCCGAGUUUCUGCAGCUAUUUCAGAAAGUCGGAGUGUACCAUAACAGUUCUUUUCCCAUUCUUUGUAACGAGAUCAUUUUGGUUAUUUUUUCCCCCCCCAUCCUCCAUUAUUGUCUUGAGCUCUUUUAUUUUUCUCCUUUAUUUUUCAUUUUGAAGAGGCCAUGAGUUGACCUGCAGGGCUCUUGUUGUGCGUGGUAGUAAGUGUACAUUCACGUGUCUUCUUUUUCCCUGUGAAACAGUGUACGGUGGUGGUUUUUUAAUUACUGUGGUGAUAGGUGUAUGUUAGAACUACAUCAGCCAAAAGCACCCCCACACCCCCAUCCCCAAAAGGGAAAGAGAAAAAUAGCAACCAGCACCCAUCUCCCCUCUUGGAAUAAGCCGUGAACCACAGUAAACCACAGGUUUACGACAUGCGUGAGUUUUCUCUUUCAGUUGGUAGUGUCCAGCCACUUGCCACUGAAUCAACAAGGGCAAGCAGUACUGGGAAUUCUCCCUUUUCUUUUGCUUUUUAACUAGCAGGUGGCUGGCUGAUUUAGCGUUUUAAAAAAAAAGAUAAGGGGGGGGGGGGGGGCAGGCGGGAGGGAAAGAAACCCUCAGUGCUGCUGUUGAUAAUGCUGGAAGCCAAGCGAUUCCUAAUCUACACCCUGGCUCAGGAUCUACAACUUCUCUCAGUGUGUGGUAUUGUAAAUGAGUAGUUUACAUUUUGACGUGGAAGACCAGUAUUUGUGCGUGGCCGUGGGCAGGAGCCCCGGUGCACUGUGUGUGUGUGCGCGUGCGUGUGCAUGUGUUGGGGAGCAAGGACAGGGUUUCCCUGUGGAUACAACCAUCCGGUUCCAGAUUCUGCAUCCUGAGUCUGGUGUUUUUUGGUUUUUUUUUUAAAGGCUUCUAUUUUGAAAAGCAGCUAUAAAAUUGGCAGUGUUUCUCAGAGGACCUAUUCUCCAGGUCAAAUCUUGCCACUCUGUAUGCAAGCACAUACAACCAGUCUCACUGACUAUGUAAAUAGUGAGGCCAAGAUCUGUCCCCGUUAGCUUUUGAGCUAAUUUAAGGCUCUUUAGGAAACCUCCAGGCUGGUGGGAAGGAUUCCUGCUCACUUGCACUUCUAAAAACCGCAGUGAAACGUGGCCGUGGGUUUUCCUGGUGCAGAAAUCCCUGCUCCUGUCAGCCCCGAGUCCUUGCCCAGUUAGGGGAUGUUGGGCUUUAAAUAAAUGAUCUUGCACCUUCGUGGGGAGCAGCUGAGCUCAGACUGACACCUCUUUGGCUGUGGCAGCAGGGGAAGGUGACCAGCAGACCCUGGAAAAGAUUGGUUUGUAAAUGGGAGCUGACAGGACAGUGCAGGGCAGCAGUAGGGGAAUCUCCUUCCCAGGGACGCUUUUCAGACUCUAAAUGCACUUUAAAUACGCCAAUUUUUUCUCUCCAAGUCCUAGAUAAGCAGCCCAAACAGAAUCUGAUCCAGCCCCUUGGCUCAAAUAUCUCCUCUCUGCUGCAGGCAACAAGCUUAGUGUGCCACCGCUCAUGCCCACAGCUAGCCAGAGCUGUGCGAGUCCCCAGCCCUUCGCGCCCCAUCCCUCUAGCUGUCUGGUGAUGCUUGUAUGUGACUCCUAGCCACGAGAAUCACCCCAAGGAGGAACUUCUCUUUCCCAGCAAAGCACACCAAGAAUAGUUUCCUUUUUAAGGGUAUCACUUCAGUCAUUCUGCAGUAGACAGUCGUCUCUUGACAAGACUAAAAUGCAAUUAAUGAUAAAAUGCCUGUCUGUGUGUGUGUAUAUAUAUAUGUAUAAAAUGUAAGGAGAAAAGUAAUCCUUUGCUGACCCUAUUAUGUACUUAAUCAGGUUUAAUUAUUGUGCAAUUCAUUUACAGCUAGCCUAAAACUGACUAUGCCAAAUCACAUGCUCUGUCAUCCAUGUCUGAGAAAUGAUGAAUUACGUGACUUCACCUUUUGCAUUUAUAAUAAGAUGCGUAAAUAAUAACUGUAACAAGCUGUAACUUACAGACAUUGCUUCAGCAUCUAACCCUCC